AUGCAAACCAUUCAGAAAUUCCGGUUGCAGCAGCUGAAUGGUCUCCAGAGCCACAUAGUACGCUAUGGACCGCUGAAGAAGUCCGAAUCACCUCACCCGUCUUUGCCAAAUCCCUUUUUACCCCUUCUAAAUCCUCACACGGGCAAAUGGCGUCCUCCGAAGUAUUCUCUACGGCGCCAGGCGGAACUCGUUAAGAAGGCUAAAAUCAGCAACACUUUGCAUCUGUUACCUCCUGGACCGAAAUUUUCUGCUCCAGAUUCCUCAGUCCCUCCGAUAGCUGACGAAGACCACAAGUCCAACGCGUCAACCUCCGAGGCGCCCUCCGAACUCGAACCAUCCACUCACGAGGUUGCGGAAGACGGAGCGUGGUCAGCCGCGGUAGAAUGGCAGGGUGAAUUCAAGAGCAAAGUGGUCUCUGGAGCCGAGAUAGGCAGCAGACUCUACGCAGCCAAGAAACGUAUGUUCAAGGGCCACAGGUGGGAGAGGCUGUUGGAGAAACGCAAGAAAAAGAGGGUGAUUUUGAUGAGGGAUAUGGCAAAACGUGUAGCGAGCUACAAAGCAUACUACCACCGACGCAAGCCCAACCCGCUGAAGCCCGCUCGCUCCGCGAAGGCCCCCAAGUUGCCCUUCUAA